AUGCCCGACGUUGAGUAUGAGAAGUAUAUCACAGGGACCAUAGGCGCACGAUCCUCAGCCGUGCUCACGGACAUGGUCGUCCUCGGUAUCACAAUCUGGAAAGCUCGUCCGGUCCGGGUUGAAGGCGUCAAGUUUGGCAUCAAGUCCACGGUAACGAGCAUCCUAAUGCGGGACGGUGUACUUUACUUCGGUGUACUCCUGAUCGCGAACCUCAUUGGGCUCAUCAUCGUCCGGUUCUUCGUUCUGACGUCCGGCGCACCACAGUUUAUCCAGCCAAUAAACACUUGGAUAGCCAUGCUGACGUCCAUCAUGACCUCGCGGUUCAUCCUCGACCUGCGCGAGGCAGCAGAUCCGGGACACUACUACGACGACCUGAGCACCAACGGCGGUGGGAUCUCCACCCUGGUCUUCCCGUCCACAUCCAAACCCGCCCCCUGCUUCGACUUCAACCCGCCUUCAAGUACCACCAACACUGCGUGUAGCGCGGGAGUUGAGGGCGCGAAGUGGGAUUCGCCUUCUCGUAGAAGGUUAAGCCAAAGCUGUCCGCUGGGGGAUGUCGUCGGACGGGGCAUCGCGGGGUUGCGACGCAUCGAUGAGGAGUCUAUCAUCUGGAUACGAUGA